GUCUGUUUUUGGACCUACUACGAAGGUCACUGGUCUGUUUACAGUAUUCUGAGCUUCUUUCAUCAUGCAUUCGGUUCCAUUUAUCACUGCCGAAGUUGGCCGCAGUGUUCGGUUCUCAUAUUUCGCACAAGUUUGGUUGUCCUCUGUGAGGCUAUGAUAAUCGGGAUCUAAAAUGGCUUGGCAUUUGACUCACUUCGUCACCCUUCUCCUACUAGGAUGUUCGCUAUCUGUCACUGGAGGAACACUAGAGUUUCACCAAAGUGGUGCGGUGGCGACCGAUGUGCAAUUAUGUUCAGAAAUGGGAAGAGAUAUUCUUGAGAGGGGUGGUUCUGCUGUAGAUAGUGCCAUUACCAGUAUGUUAUGUGUAGGUGUGGUCAAUGGUCAGAGUUCUGGGAUAGGUGGCGGGUUCUUCAUGGUGAUCUACACCCGAGCUAGCGGCAUGGUAGAGUUUCUGGAUGCUCAGGAGACAUCACAUGCUGCUACCUAUCCAGAGAUGUUUGAUGCCCAAGGUUCCGACGGUGCUAAAUACGGGAUGGAGAGUGUUGCUAUCCCGGGUGAAGUGAGGGGUAUGUGGGAGGCUCAUCAGAGAUACGGUAAGCUGCCUUGGUCUGAGCUCUUCCAACCUGUCAUCAGUAUAUCAAGGAAUGGAUUCACAGUAGGAGCUCAUCUUCAUAAUGCUCUACGGAAUAUCGACGACCAAUGGGAUGAAUACCCUCAUAUUAGAGAAUUAUAUUACAACACGGAGGAGGACCGUGUCGCUGUCGAGGGUGACGUCAUCACUAAUCCUAAGCUAGCCGACACUCUUCAAGCGAUUGCUGAAAACGGGGUGGAGGAAUUCUACAAAGGGCCUACUGGUUCUAAGCUCGUCCAAGACAUACAGGAUGGCGGUGGUAAUGUGACCCUGGGCGAUCUUGCAGACUACACCGCUAUCUGGAAAGGGGUAGAAACCCUACAAGAUUUUCAGUCUCUAGACUACACGAUCUAUUCCUCCGAGCUCACAUCGGGCGGCCCGUAUUUUCAGUUUAUCCUGAGGGCCCUGGAAGGUUUCGGUCUGCCUACCUCCGAUGAUAUGACAUCAGACCAGAGGAUCCUCUUGUAUCAUCAGUUUAUUGAAGUAUGUAAAGUAGCCUUUGGUCUCAGGACAAAGCUGGGUGAUACGUCGUCUGAAGAGGUUGAAAAGACUCUGCAGGAUAUACGCUCACCUGAGUUCAGUAGAUACGUCCGAGAACUGAUCACAGAAGCCCUCCCGUACGUGUACUCUACAUCAUCAUAUGAUUACGUCAUUGACCAGGAUGUAGCAGUGCAACGGGGUAACAGCAUAGGUACAGACCCGGAUGUAGGUGAUACUAGUCACAUCAGUGUUCUAGCAUCCAAUGGUGACGCGGUAGCUGUGACGACAUCGAUUGGUUAUUAUUUCGGAUGCAAAGAUGCAUCUAUGUCGACAGGUAUCAUUCUCAACAAUCAUCUACGAAACUUCUACUUCGACACCAAGUAUCGAACCUGGACCCUACCAGCUAACCAGUUAUCACCUGGCAAACGCCCUCUAUCGACCAUGGGACCAACCAUCGUCAUCGGUACCGAAGGGGAUGUAAAGAUGGUCAUCGGCGCGUCGGGAGGUUAUCGUAUUGCAACCUCCGUCGCAUGGGUCAUCCUUCGAACUUUGAUAAUGAAUGUCUCUCUGGACGAAGCCAUCGAUGAGCCACGUAUUCACAAUCAUCUUCUAACAAACAAAGCCUUCAUCGAAAGUGGUUUCUCUCAGAACAUAGUGACGGCCCUUCAGGACCGGGGCCAUGUGGUGGCAAACUCGUCUCGCUCCGGGGUUGUUCAGGGGAUUUUACGAACAUCUGAUGGAAUAGCAGCUUACUCAGACCCAAGGAAGGGAGGAAAAGCAGCGGGGUAUAGUCGGUCAACGUCGUCAAGUCUACACAAGGUUUCUUCUCUGAACCUUUGGAUAAUCUCCUUAAUCUUAUUAAGCAGGCAAAUGCAUUGAUAAUAUAUACAAUUUUUCUUUGUUGUCAUUGUUAAAGAAAUAUAAGUCUUGCAAGAGAAAAUCUUCAACCAUUAUUUUGUGCCUGUCAUGUAUUCGAACAACUGACGAAAUAUUUAAAUAGCAAACUUGUGAGUUAUGAUGAACGGAUUAUUAAAACAAACAGAAAAAAAAGUGAAUCUGAAGCAAUGUCCUUACACGAAAUAAAAGCCGGGACGUGAAAAUGAUAUUUUAUUGUAAUUAAUACUAUAUUUCCAUUUCUAUGUUUAUCUUAUGUUAGUAUUCACGCUUGCUCCAUGCUAUGAUCCGUUAAUCGUCUUUCAUCCGGGAGAAUCAAAAUUAUUCCCAUCCACCCUCACCUCUCUCUCUCUCUCUCUCUCUCUCUCUCCUUCUCCUCCAUCCUCUCUUUCUCUCUCUCUC